CUCCCAAGCCGCAGGACGCACAAAUGCUGGGGGUGAAAAAACAAAGCGCGCAGCGUGCUUCUCGAUGUCUUACUGUCUCCCAAUAAGCUGUUAUGACCUGUACCAUCGGCGAAGCGUCCUCCUCGGUACACGCCGCAGGUAAAUUUACACCCCGCGGACCGGCGGAGGAGGUGCUGGACGCGCUGCGCUCGGGGAGCGGACCUGUUGAUAUAGAGCCCACCGGCGCUGCAAUGGAGGUGCCAAGCAGAGAAGAAUGUAACUGAAACAGGAAAGUCACGAAGACACGAUUCAACCCCCCCCCACCCCCUCCCCACAACAAUCCACCAAGGCCACGAUGGAAAUCAUGGAUGCUCAGCUUGCCUUGGAGGCUGUGGAGAGAUUGCAAGCCAAACUGAAGGAGCGAGGAGAGGCCCCCACGCAGGAGAAACUCUCCCUGCUGAAGACUGUCCUGCAGAGCCCCCUGUUCCAUCAUAUACUCAGCUUGCAGCAAGCUCAGCGGAAGCCCCCGGCGAAGGGGAAGAUUUCCAAAUCCGUGUCCAUGAACUGUGGCCCCUGCCAGGGCGUGGCGCUGGACCUGAAGACGCUGAGCCACAGUGACUCCUACACAUGGGCCAUGGAGAACCGAGGGCCCGGCAGAUCCAUCCACAGGGACGGCAGCAUCUCCUCCUUGGACUCGCUGGAUCUGUCUUUCUCAGAUAUCUACCCAGACAACUGCGUUCCCACUGAAUCGCAAUACUGCACCCCACCUCGAAUCUCCCGCACCAUGUCGAUGGGGAGAAACCUGUCUGCCAUUGCUCACGAGAGGCGUCAUGUGGAGAUGAUAGAGCUGAUUAAUGAUGGGAAAGGGCUUGGUUUUGGCAUCAUAGGAGGGCGGAGCACAGGUGUCAUGGUCAAGACCAUACUUCCUGGUGGAGCUGCCGGACGGGAUAAGCGCCUGCGUAGCAGUGAUCAAAUCCUGCGCAUCGGAGAUACGGAUCUGGCGGGCAUGAACAGCGAGCAGGUGGCACAGGUGCUGCGAAAUGCUGGUACCAAGGUGAAACUGCUCAUCGCCAGGGAUGUUACCAAGGACAACCACCUUUCCUCUCCUGUCCUCAGCCAGGACAGUUUGGACGGCAAGCUCAACGACUUGAAUGACGACUAUGAGUUCAGCGUGCAGUUCACUAAGAACAGUCUGGGCCUGGGAUUCACCAUUUCCAGCUACAUAGGUGACCUAAACUCAGUCUACAGCGCCGGUGUGAUAGUGAAGAGCAUAGUGAAAGGCAGCACGGUGGAUCAAGAUGGACGCAUCUACAUCGGAGACAUCAUCCUAUCUGUGGACGGGGCGAGCCUGCAGGGCUGCAGCGAGCAGCGCGCCAUGGAGGUGCUGAGGAGGACGGGCCCCCUGGUCCGACUGAUGUUGCUGAGGAAGGCUGUCCGCCUGAGUCACAUCCUGCCCCCGGUCCCUCCGCUGCAGCCCCUCCGACACUCACACAGCUUCCACGAGGGCAAUCCCUACAGACUGGGCCUCAACAGGAUUCAAGAGACAGGAAUCUGCUCCCUGCGUGAAAUCUCCCGGCGAGCGGCAUACGCCAACGGCCGUCCCCGACACAGUUCCAGAAACGGUGUGAAACUGACGCCGACUGAGGAGGAGGACCUGAGGAAGAGGUGGCAGCAUGCAGUCGGACAGCGAUAUGAAGUCAUUGUGUGUCAGCUGGAGCGUUUCAGUGAGACAAGCGGUCUCUGCAUCAGUCUGGAGGCCCGGGCGGGACAUCACUACCUGUGCUCCGUUUUACCCGAGGGCCCCAUUGGCCAAAGCGGCAAGAUCUUUACUGGAGACCAGAUAUUGGAGGUGAAUGGGAUCCCUCUCAUUGGAGAGACACAUAAAGAGGUGGUCAAUAUUCUGAAGGAGCUGCCGAAGCAUGUCUGCCUGGUGUGCUCGCACAUUGUACCCCCGGCGAUUCCAGACAGCGAUGAGGAAGAGGACGAUGACGUCCAUCUCACCCUGAAAGAGCUGCUGGCCGAGUUCAACGACAAGUUGGACCAGGGUUGUGUCAUUCCCUGUCCCACGGCUGAGGACAUCACCAAGCGCGGCGUGCCCCCCAUGUCUCCUCCUCUGGCCAUGUGGGAGAGAGAUGCUCAGCUGGUCGAGCUGGAGAAAGGCGAGUCGGGACUGGGCUUCAGCAUCCUGGACUACCAGGAUCCAGAAGAUGUCACCAAAACAGUUUUGGUAAUCCGGUCCUUGGUGCCCGGAGGUGUAGCAGAUCAAGACGGUCGCCUGCUGCCUGGUGACCGACUCAUGUUUGUCAACGAGAGUGACUUGGAGGGCUCCAGCCUGGAUUACGCCGUGUACGUCCUGAAGUCCACCGGCUACGGCCCUGUCCGCAUUGGAGUUGCCAAACCACUGCCGCUGGAACUGUGCGGCGGCUUGACGCCCAUCUCAGAGAGGAGCCUGAGGGUUUCCUAUGAUGACACCGACAGCCACUCUCAGAACAGCCUGCUAGCCGAGGCGACAGAGGCUAUCACCAACUCCGAGGACAACAGCAUCAUUCAGCCGUGUUACAUUUCAACGGAAAACCGGCUGCGGCAGCGUUUCCACCUCAUGGAGGACGACUACAGGCAGCAGGCGCCGCCUCUGCCCCACCGCACCAGUUUUGAGAGGACAAUCACUGUUGUCCGGGGCAACCGUAGCCUUGGGAUGUCGGUGAGCGCUAUCAAGGACGGCUCAGGCAUGCUGGUGCGCAGCGUGGUCCAGGGGGGCUCUGUCAGCCAGGAUGGCAGGCUGGGGGUGGGGGACGCCAUCUUGGCCAUGAACGGAGAGCCUACCUCCAAUCUGACCAACACCAGGGCCAGAGCCGCGCUCCGAAGACACUCUGUCAUAGGGCCGGAGAUAAGCAUAACCUAUGUCCCAGCCCAUCAGGUGGAUCAGUACCGUACCCGUCUGUGUUUACCCCCUCUGGACUCCAUCGCAGCAGACAGCGCCUCAUCCUCACCCACCCCGCCAACCCCUUCUCCGGAGCCUGCCUCGGCCCCGGCCAGGUCUCCUGGUCCGGUCAGAGCCACGGCUCCGACUGCGACUCCGGCUCCGUCCGCCAUCAAACCUGUCGCCUCGGUCAACUUCAAAGCCGCAGCUCCAGAUCCUGCAGCAGUCACAGCCACCGCUUCAUCCAAAGCUCCAUUCAAAGGCCCAGCCGCAGUCCCUACCAUCACCCCGGCCCAAGACUCAAGUUGGCAGAUUCCGAAAUCUUUCCCUCCCAAGAAAAAGGAGAAGGAGGAGGGAGAGGUUGUGGAUAGAGAGAAAAAGAAGACGACCGGUGCAGACUUGAAAGCACCACAGCUGGAGGUGGAGGUAAAGGUGGACGGAGAGGAGGAGCUUCGCUCUCACACCGCAGUUUCUUGGGAUCAACCUAGAAGCGUGCGGCUGACUCGAGCUCCCGGCCAGUCCCUGGGCAUCAGCAUAAUGGGAGGCAGAGGCAUGGGCCGGAGACUGAGCACCGGAGAGAUGAUGAGGGGAGUCUUCGUCAAGCACAUCAGCCCCGACAGCCCGGCAGCACAUAAUGGCACCCUCCGGAACGGAGACAGGAUACUAGAGGUGUGCGGCGUGGACCUGAGAGAUGCCAGCCAUGAGCAGGCGGUGGAGGCCAUCCGCAGGGCUGGAGACUCCGUGGUCUUCUUGGUCCAGUCGGGACAACACAGACCUCAGUCCCCUAUGCUCGCCAACCACGGGAGACUAACUCCGACGCCACAGUCGAACUCGCACAGCGGCAAGAAGGCAGAGCCUCUCAGUCUGUUCCUCACCCUCUCCCCUACAAACCCCUUCACUCCCGCGCCCUUUAAGGUGCCUUCGCCGACAUCCGACGGAACGGAUCGGAGGAACCCCGCGACCGUUGCGGCACCAGUCACGGCGGCGGCUGAGAGCGAGGGCGACAUCGGCAGGAAAAAGAUGCUCCAGCGUUACGGCAGCCUGUCCGGGAAGCUCCACAUGAUCGAGCUGGAGAAGGGCCCCGUGGCUCGCGGCCUGGGGAUCGGCCUCUUGGGCAACAAGGACGGCUCCAGGGCCCGCAUGAGCGUCCACGUGGCGGACGUAGACCCCUGGGGACCCGCCGGUUUGGACGGGAGGAUACGUGUCGGGGACGAGCUGCUGGAGAUCAACGGUCAGAUCUUGUACGGCCGGAGUCACCAAAACGCCUCCACCAUCAUCAACAACGCUCCGUCUAAAGUCAAGAUAAUCCUCAUCAGGAAUAAAGCAGCUCUGGGUCAGACGGGAUCCACGGCGGCGAGCGAGGACACGGUCGACUCCCGGACGGAUGCAGCAGAGCGCGGGGGGUUAACCAGAGACGUCCAGCACGUGAUCCUACCUCAGGAUCACACAGGUCUCGGCCCCUGCCUGGCAGAGGGGGAGUCCAAGGACGGAGCGGUGGUCCGGUCCCUGACCCAGCACGGCACUGCCAGUAAGGUGUCCAGUUUGAUUCUGGAGCAGCGGGUCACCGUCGACCUCUCCAACAGUCCCUCCUCCUCCUCCUCUUCUCCACCUCUUUCCCGUCCCCGCUCUCUCACUCCCGCCUCCCUCCCGGUGCCCUCCCCUCCCCCGCCGUUCAAUGCUGCGCGGACCUCUCCCGUCGGGUGUUCUGAUUGGCUGGGAUCGGCUCCCACCACGUCCGACCCCCUGCUUUGCCCAGUUGUGGCUGGCGGGGAAACCACCAUAGAGUUUUGCAAAGGAAAUGUAGGCCUGGGCCUCAGCAUCGUCGGAGGAUGUGACACUCUGCUGGGGGCAGUAAUAAUCCAUGAAGUAAACGAUGGAGGAGCAGCACAGAGAGAUGGGAGGCUGCAGGCUGGAGACCACAUAUUAGAGGUCAACGGCAUAGACCUGCGGCAGGCCACUCACGACGAGGCCAUCGGCGUGCUGCGGCUCACCACCCAGCGCGUCCGCCUGUGCGUCUUCAGGCACCAGGAGGCCUACAGGGAGGAGGACCUGUGGGACGUCUUCAGCCUGGAGCUGAGGCCUCGUCCUGGAGAGGGGCUAGGGUUCGCCACUGUGGGGAAGAGUAAUGACACGGGCAUCUUUGUGUCAGAUCUCAUCAGAGGAGGCGUAGCGGAUUUGGAUGGCAGGUUGUUGCUUGGCGACCAGAUUCUGUCAAUCAACGGGGAGGAUGUCCGCGCGGCCUCGCAGGAACACGUGCACGAGCUUCUGCAGAGCUGCAGUGGAGCAGUCCACCUGGAGGUGGCUCGUUUUAAAGCUGGGCUGCAGUACUCACACCAGAGCCAGAGCGAAGACUCCGACUGCUCCACCCUGACCCACUCAAGCGGCUGCGAUGCUUCGCUCGGCCACCAGAGGGAGACAGAUAAGAAGACGGGGAGCUACUCCUUUCAAGAGUACCCUGACGCCAAACAAGUAAUAAUACAAAAGGGUGCAUGUGACUCCCUGGGCAUCAGUGUAGCAGGAGGAGCGGGCAGUCCCCAUGACAACGUGCCUCUUUUUAUUGCUACCAUGGAUACCGAUGGACUGGCUGCCAAAACACAGCAAUUACAGGUGGCUGCCGGUUCCGGUGGGUGCAGCACAGAAGACCACAACGAUGUACACGUGCCGCGGUCAGGCCAACCCAGCAGCCUGCACCGCUUUCACAACAACCUCUGUGCUCGCAUGUAUAAGACCGUCACUCUGGAGAGAGGCUCCUCGGGCCUGGGCUUCAGCAUCGUGGGAGGGUUCAGCAGCCCUCACGGAGACCUGCCGAUCUACAUCAAAACGGUCUUCAACAAGGGGGCGGCCGUGGAGGACGGCAGGCUGAAGUGCGGGGACCAGAUCAUCGCCGUGAACGGACACUGCCUGGAGGGCGUGACUCACGCCGAGGCCGUGGACAUCCUCAAGAAGACCAGGGGGACCGUGGUGCUGACGGUGCUCUCUUGAAGAGAACAGGGCCCCUGUUUGCGCGUCCGCUCGACAACCACGUUUCCUGCGAAGUAGCCUCGGCGCAAAUAAUGUCACUGCCGCUGUCACGAACCGGUGAUGAAGUCAUAGUUUGCAAAAUCAUGAGAAGAGUAGAUAGUGUUCAUCUGAAUUUAGCUGGGGAGGGGACGCUACCUCUAACUGGGUGUGUUAACAAGCACGGUGAAGGUGUUAUUUAGAACUAAUGUGUUUAUGUUAUAUGGAUCUCAUAUCCCAAUCAGGAAUAUAUCUCUGUAUUAAUACAAGCAGGAUGUAUUUAUAGUAACCAUAGAAUGAUAUAAACACCAGAGGCAACUAUUAAAUAAGCCAACUGCUGGUUUAUAUAUUGUGUCCUAGUUGUCCCAGUUCAAGGUCUCUAUAAUAUAAGCAUCAUUGCCCACGUAAACACGCUCGUGAAUAAAUAACCAUCCCCCGAAAACCUCUGACUCUGCCGACCUGUGCAUCGAGACACAGUGUGACGCGUAUUUGCUAUACAUGCCAAGUGCUUCUGCCAAACUUUUUGUAUGGCAAUAAGCUGUCAAGACCGUUUCACUUUUAAUUUCCUUCAUGCUUCAUCUUCUGAUCGUUCAAGGUGUGUCACGAUUGCUUGAAUAAUCAAUGUUCUUUACAUGUCUUUAAUGCGCAAGAUAUCCGUGGGAUUUUAUUCACAGAUUUAUUACGGUUUUCAUAAUCCGUAACGUGCUCGGGCAUCUUUUAGGGAGUUUUAGCGCAAUGUGCGAUCUCGAUUUAGAAAGCAUCGCCCCUGUUUUAUAUGACUUAAUUUGUACUGUGAUAUUUAUGUGUUCUCCACAUAUAUAAUUUAUUUUAUUUCAUUCAUGUCAGUAGCCCCCGCACUCG